AUGGAGACAGACGGCGUGCGCAGGGUCAGUACCAUCUCUUUCUUUUUCUCAUCUCACUGAUUCAUAGAUCCGCUUAUUGAGGAUGUCUUUUAUGUAGCGUGUUUGUCCAGCGAGGCCAUGAUGCAUCUAAAAAACUUUGGGUUAAGUCUCGUUUUCUGACGAUUCUCCAGGAAAUGUCUGGUCAAAAGCCAGGGCAGGUCUGUCAGAUCUGCGGAGAUGAUGUCGGCACCACGGUUGAAGGAGACGUCUUUGUUGCAUGUGAUGUCUGCGGCUUCCCUGUCUGCCGGCCGUGCUACGAGUACGAGAGGAAGGAUGGAAAUCAGUCUUGUCCCCAGUGCAAGACCAAGUAUAAGAGGCACAAAGGUUCUUGGGCACUUGGAACAUUUCCUUCCUCUACUGUACUGAUGAUUCCUGGAGAAAGAAAAAACUUGUGUCCUAAUGUCAAUCUACCUUUCUAAUUAUCAGGGAGUCCUGCGGUUCGAGGCGAGGAAGGUGACGAUGGCCAUGCUGAUGAUGCAAGCGACUUCAAUUACCCAUCUGGUAAUCAUGAUCAUAAGCCAAAUAUUGGAGAUAGAAUGCUGAACUGGCGCUUGAGCUAUGGGCAGGGAGAUGAUGUCUCAGGCCCGAAAUAUGAUAGUGGGUUAAGUGGGGAACUUCCCAGGAGCCAUAUCCCUUUGAUCACUCACAGCCAGGUUGUGAAUUUUGUUCCUUAUAUUUCCUCCUUGGAUUGAGUUUCUCAAUGUUGAAUAAUUAAAUUGAUCAAACACGUUACAUCUUUCUUGCAGAUUUCAGGGGAAAUCCCUGCAUCAUCCCCUGAUCACCACAUGAUGUCUCCGGGAGUUGGUGGGAAGCGCGUGCAUCCUAUUCCUUAUACAGAUGGGAAUCAAUCAUGUACUUGUCUUUCUUAUAUAUAUCUUUGGAUCCCACACUUUGCAUAACUUUGGUGUUGAUGUUUUUUUCUGACCGUAUUUUUUUUCAUCUGUUGCCAUUUUAGAUCAUUCUCGAGAGUUCUCGGGUGGACUUGGAAAUGUUGCAUGGAAGGAGAGGGUUGAUGGCUGGAGGAUGAAACAGGACAAGAAUUCAGUGCACGGUCACACUGUUACUAAUGGCACUAGUCAUGCUCCUUCUGAGGGCAGAGGCGUUGGAGACAUUGAUGCAACAACUGACUACAACAUAGAUGACGAUCUACUGUUAGUAAUGUUUCCCCUCGAUCUCUACUUCAUGGCCACAGCAAAACUUCUUUGUGUUGCAGAGUGUUGCUACUUUUUCUAUGUCAUUCCAUGCUUUACUUUCCUUCUUAGCGCAUCUCCCUGCCAUGCAGAAAUGACGAAGCACGGCAACCUCUUUCAAGGAAGGUGUCUAUUCCUUCAUCUAGGAUAAACCCAUACCGAAUGGUUAUCGUCUUGCGGCUGGUUAUCCUCUGCAUCUUCCUGCACUAUCGUAUUACUAAUCCUGUGAAAAAUGCGAUCCCCUUGUGGCUCUUAUCUGUCAUAUGUGAGAUUUGGUUUGCGAUAUCAUGGAUAUUGGAUCAGUUCCCCAAAUGGUUUCCAGUGAACCGGGAGACGUACCUCGACAGGCUUUCCUUAAGGUGACUGCUCGUGUACCAUUUUUUGCAAGAAUUCAAUGUCUGCCUGCAAGGUUGGGCAAAAUUAAUGUAGAGUUUAUGUUGAAUCAUAGGUAUGACAGAGAAGGAGAACCUUCUCAGUUGUCUGCUGUUGACAUUUUUGUCAGUACUGUGGACCCUUUGAAAGAGCCACCCCUUGUCACUGCGAACACCGUGUUAUCUAUCCUUGCCGUUGACUACCCGGUCGACAAAGUUUCUUGCUACGUCUCUGACGACGGCGCCGCGAUGUUGACAUUUGAAGCUUUGGCAGAAACAUCUGAGUUUGCUCGAAAGUGGGUACCGUUCUGCAAGAAGUACAGUAUUGAGCCAAGGGCUCCUGAAUGGUAUUUUACCCAAAAGAUUGACUAUUUGAAAGAUAAAGUUCUUCCAUCCUUUGUCAAGGACCGGAGAGCCAUGAAGGUCAGCUGCAUUCUGUUUUUCAUGUCAGGAUGGCUUCUUCUGUUUUUCUUAAACAAUCAAUUGAAUCUUUUAGUGGCAGUGGAAAAUAUGAUUAACAUGUUGUAUGAUACAGAGGGAAUACGAGGAAUUCAAAAUCCGCAUAAAUGGGCUUGUUGCAAAAGCACAGAAAGUUCCAGAUGAGGGAUGGAUCAUGCAAGAUGGUACACCUUGGCCAGGGAACAACACUCGAGAUCAUCCCGGAAUGAUCCAGGUAACUUGUUAUUUCGCUAAGUCAGGGAAUUCUGGGGAUCUUGAGUGUUUAUUGCUUAAGCAACUGUCAUCUUCCCUUUGAUACUGAUAUUAUCCAUACAAUAAAAAUGUUCCCAUGGAGUUUGUGCAAGUAUUUAAGAUCGAUAUGCUGAUCUCAGAUGCGUGGGAGGGAUCCAACCCUGCCCUGAACUUUUAGAAAAGCUGCCGAAUCAGAUUGACACAUCCUGUUUCUGGGAUGAUUUGAUCUGAAACUGGCUGAUUCUUUAGACAUCUACCCACGCUGACCCAAUCUUUACCCAGAUCAGCCUGGACCCUUCUAUUGUUGCUGUUGUAGGAAGAACGUGAAAGAGCAGAGGAAGAAGAACAAGGAUAUAAAUCGGAGAAAAAAAAAUACUUGACCCUCUGCUUUUGAUCUUGGCCACCUCAUCUGUAGGCUACCUGUCACUGUAACCUGCAGGAGUUCCACCCUAUGUGCCCUCAUGAUAAUAGGAUCCAUGCUAGGGUUGACCACCUUAUCUGAUUCUGGUUGCUACGAUCUCAAGUGGAAAUGCUUGCUAUGAAUUUCACUUGGUGGGUUCAAAAAAACUGAUACCUUUCUUGUCCCAUGCUUCUGGGGGGUUGCAACCCAGAAAUCGUUCUCUUGUGUUUAAACCCUCAUACUUCUCCCUGAAUAUGUUACCGACGUUUGACAAGAUAAUCGUGCCCGCCAUCCGCUGAUUACAUAUGUUUGGCAGGUCUUCUUAGGCCAAAAUGGAGGACUAGACAGCGAAGGCAAUGAACUUCCACGAUUAGUCUAUGUUUCUCGUGAGAAGCGUCCAGGCUUUCAACAUCACAAGAAGGCCGGUGCUAUGAACGCUCUUGUGAGUGCUGCCACCCUUCUGUCUAACUCCCCUUAUCAUCCUUCUCCAGACUCUUGAUGGGUUGCAAGUUUCCCACAGGUGCGUGUGUCAGCGGUCCUCACCAACGGCCCUUUCCUGUUAAAUCUUGACUGUGAUCACUACAUCAACAACAGCAAGGCUCUGAGGGAAGCUAUGUGCUUCCUUAUGGACCCAAACCUUGGAAAAUCGGUUUGUUAUGUGCAAUUUCCGCAAAGGUUUGAUGGUAUUGACAGGAAUGAUCGAUAUGCCAACAGGAACACUGUCUUCUUCGAUGUGAGUGGUCUAUAGCCCAUUACUCCAUUCAUGGAUUUGAUUUUUAUUUUUUAUUUUUAUUUUUUAUUACGAGUUUCUCAUCUCUGAGGAACAGUGGCCUGUGUUAGUAAUUUAUGGCACAAUUUUUAUUUUUAUUUUUAAAUCAUAGCCCAUGGUUGUGUUCAGUGAAACCAAAUCUGUGUGUGUGUGUGUGUGUGUUUUUUUUAUAUAUUAUUUUUAUUUAUUUAUUUUAAAUACCCUCCUCCUUUGCUGUGCAGAUCAACUUAAGAGGCCUGGAUGGAAUCCAGGGUCCUGUUUAUGUGGGCACGGGAUGCGUCUUCAACAGAACUGCCUUAUACGGGUAUGAACCUCCAGUCAAGAACAAGAACAAGAACAAGAAGGCCAGCUUUCUCUCACUUUGCUGCGGCGGAUCGAGGAAGAAGAGGUCCAAGUCCGACAAGAAGGGCUCCGAGAAGAAGAAAUCGAGCAAGCAGGUGGACAACACCGUGCCCAUCUUCAACCUGGAAGACAUUGAAGAGGGAGUCGAAGGUGGGUGCUUGAUCUAAACCCCACAGACGUCGAAAGAUGCCUGCUUUUCUUGGUUCUUCGUUGACCUAUCGGAGGAUUUGUCUCCGCCUUCUGGCUUCUCAGGCGCCGGAUUCGACGACGAGAAGUCCUUGCUCAUGUCGCAGAUGAGCUUGGAGAAGAGGUUUGGCCAAUCCACAGUCUUCGUGGCGUCCACACUCAUGGAAAAUGGUGGAGUUCCUCAGUCGGCGACCCCCGAUGUUCUUCUGAAAGAAGCCAUCCAUGUGAUUAGCUGUGGAUAUGAAGACAAGACGGACUGGGGAUCGGAGGUAUGCCAACAGCAUUCUUAUUUUUUCAACUUAAAAAAAAAAAAAAAACCAUCCUCCUCAUCAUCUUGCUUGGAGGUCAACGCAGUGCUGCUAGAGAAAAAAAGACGAGAUCCCACAUCGUGACCUUACCUUCUUUUUCUCUCAUUUCUAUGAAACUUUGGAGAUAUUUAGGUCAAACCCAUGUAGGCCAUGGCAGAACCAGAUGCACUGAUGCCGUUGAAAAAUCAAAGGAGAUUUUUUUUAUUUUUUUUUUUCAAUAUGCCCGUUGGAUCCCAGGAAUUCGUCACCAGUCAUCAUCAUCAAUCACCUUCAUGUAGAUCACAGCAUGAUUUCACUGUGUUUAUGUAUUAAUGGAUAGAUAGAUAUAUAGAAAUAUAGAUAUAGAUUCUGGGUUGAUCUACGAUGAUGGGUUUUGUUUGGGGAGGAUAGAGGAUGAAGGAUGAACUGUAUGGGUGCAGAUCGGGUGGAUCUACGGAUCGGUGACGGAGGACAUCUUGACGGGGUUCAAGAUGCACGCGCGGGGGUGGCGGUCGAUCUACUGCAUGCCGCACCCGCCGGCGUUCAAGGGGUCAGCGCCGAUCAACCUGUCGGACCGGCUGAACCAGGUGCUCCGGUGGGCGCUGGGCUCCGUGGAGAUCCUGCUCAGCCGUCACUGCCCCAUCUGGUACGGCUAUGGCGGCCGCCUCAAGUUCCUCGAGCGCUUCGCCUACAUCAACACCACCAUCUACCCCGUCACCGCCAUCCCCCUCAUCAUCUACUGCACCCUCCCCGCCAUCUGCCUCCUCACCGGCAAGUUCAUCAUCCCCCAGGCAAGUUCUCUCAUCCUCUCUCUCUCUCUCUCUCUCUCUCUCUCUCUCUCUCAUGGUCUCUUCUUGCUUUCUCUCUCCAUCUUCAUCUUCUCUCUUCUGUCUCACGUGGUAUCUAUCUAUCUCGCUUUCUCUCUCUAUCUUCUGGGUCUCUCUCCGAUGGUGAAAUGUAUGACGCUGCAGAUCAGCAACUUCGCGAGCAUCUGGUUCAUCGCGCUGUUCCUGUCCAUCUUCGCGACGGGGAUCCUGGAGAUGCGGUGGAGCGGGGUGGGGAUCGAGGAGUGGUGGAGGAACGAGCAGUUUUGGGUCAUCGGCGGCGUCUCCGCCCACCUCUUCGCCGUCUUCCAGGGCCUGCUGAAGGUGCUGGCCGGCAUAGACACCAACUUCACUGUCACCUCGAAGGCCUCCGACGAGGACGGCGACUUCACAGAGCUCUACAUGUUCAAGUGGACGACGCUCCUCAUCCCGCCGACGACUCUGCUCAUCGUCAACCUCGUGGGCGUCGUCGCAGGCAUCUCCUACGCCAUAAACAGCGGCUACCAGUCCUGGGGGCCCCUCUUCGGUAAGCUCUUCUUCGCCUUCUGGGUCAUCGUCCAUCUCUAUCCUUUCCUCAAGGGGCUCAUGGGGAGGCAGAACAGAACCCCCACCAUUGUUGUCGUCUGGUCCAUCCUCCUCGCCUCCAUCUUCUCCUUGCUCUGGGUCCGCAUUGACCCCUUCACCACCCGGGUCACCGGCCCGGACGUCGAGCAGUGCGGGAUCAACUGCUGA